AUGUCAUGUCUUGUUCUUGCGAACACUGUCUGGAUGGCAGCCCAGUUACAAGCUGAAGGGAGCAUUCUGGGUUCUUACCUAAGGGGGGACACUGACCUUUCUUCGCUGAGUACCACACGGUCUGUUUUCGUGAUUGGGGAGCAGUGUUUUGCAGCGAUCUUCGUAUUUGAAGUAUGGCUUCGAGUUAUCGUGCUUCGUGGCGCCUUCUUCAUGGUUUGGCUAAACUAUAUCGACUUUUUUGUGGGCAUCAGCUGCAUGGCUGAGCUGAUCAUGGUAAUUAAAGACGGUCAUGACAACAGCUUGGACAGCCUCUUCUUACUGCGCCUUCUUCGUGUUGGCAAGUUGGCCCGUGGCCUGAAGCUGGUCGGUCUCACAAGCAACCUGGCGCCCUUGCAGCUUCUGGUGAAGUGCUUGCUCUCCAGCCGCGCCAUGUUAUUCUGGACGUUCUGCCUGUUGGCGUUGCUGCAAUCUGUGGCCGGAAUUGUGCUGAACAUGUUCGCGCUUCAGUACAUCCAGGAAACCACGCACGACUCCAGUAAGCGUGAGGCCGUCUUUCUCUACUUCGGAACCUAUACUCACAGCCUCCUCAGUAUGUUUGAAAUCAUGUUUGCCAACUGGGGACCACCAUGUAGAGUACUGGUGGAGCACGUCAGCGAGUGGUUUUCGGUCUUCUUCCUGCUGUAUCGUUGUGUUUUUGGAUUUGCGCUGUUAAACGUAGUGAACUCGGUGUUUGUGCAACAGACCAUGAAAACGGCCAGCUCCGAUGAAGAGCUGGCUUUCAAGCAGAAGGAGAAGGACAAGUUGCUCUACAACAGGAAGGUGAGGAAGCUGUUCCAAAACAUCGAUGUUUCGGGAGACGGCGCUAUCAACCUCGAGGAGUUCACAAAGCUUGUGCAAUCGCCGAAGCU